GUGUAUAUUGUGUAUAUGGGAACACUUCCUGAGUCUGAGUACUCACCUUCAUCUCACCAUCUCAGUAUACUCCAAAAACUCGUUGGCAAUAUUGCUGCAUCAAAUUUGUUAAUUAGAAGCUAUCAAAGGAGUUUCAAUGGAUUUGCUGCCAAACUAUCUCAAGACGAGAGUCAGAAACUGCUAAAUGUGAAAGAGGUAGUAUCUGUGUUUCCAAGCAAAAGUCAUGAACUGACUACUACAAGAUCGUGGGACUUUGUCGGAUUUGGUGAGAGUGUAAAACGAGAGAGUGAGAAAGAAAGUGAUGUUAUUGUCGGAGUGAUUGACAGCGGAAUCUGGCCGGAAUCUGAGAGCUUCGACGACAAAGGUUUUGGUCCUCCUCCAAAGAGAUGGAAAGGUUCUUGCAAAGGUGGCAUAAACUUCACUUGCAACAAUAAGCUCAUCGGAGCUAGGUUUUACUCCAAACUUUCCCUCUCAGCAAGAGACGAAGAAGGUCAUGGAACCCACACUGCGUCAACGGCUGCUGGUAAUGCGGUUCAAGGAGCCAGCUUUUACGGCCUGGCUCAAGGCACGGCUCGUGGUGGAGUUCCCUCGGCCAGAAUUGCCGCCUAUAAAGUCUGUCUUCCAGGUCCCAGCCGCUGUAGCGAUGUCGAUAUUCUGGCUGCUUUUGAUGACGCCAUUGCCGACGGUGUUGAUGUCAUCUCAGUCUCAAUCUCAACCGAUCACGUCUCCAAUUUAUUGAACACUUCUGUAGCUAUCGGUUCGUUUCACGCAAUGUUUAAAGGAAUUAUCACGGCGGGAUCCGCCGGAAAUAAUGGGCCUGAGCAAGGUUCGGUGGCAAAUGUAUCGCCGUGGAUGAUUACUGUCGCAGCCAGCGCUACGGACAGGCGUUCCAUUGACAGAGUCGUUCUUGGUAACAGAAAAUCGUUAACGGGUAUAUCAGUUAAUUCAUUCAAUCUCAAUGGGACAAAGUUCCCCAUCGUUUACGGCCAAAAUGUUUCGAAAAAGUGUUCCCAGGCUCAAGCCGGUUAUUGCUCAGAAGGCUGUCUGGACAGAGACCUGGUCAAAGGGAAAAUAGUCCUCUGUGACGACUUCCUAGGAAACAGAGAGGCUUACUUAGCAGGAGCCACUGGAGCCAUUGUUCAAAACACUUUCUAUCCAGAUAUCCCCUUUUUGUUACCAUUACCUGCCUCUUCUCUGAGCGUCGAGGACUACGAAACGAUCAAGUCAUACAUCAAAUCUACAGAGCACCCACAAGCCGAGAUACUGAAAACUGAAGAGAUAGUUGACAGAGAAGCUCCUUAUGUUCCGUCCUUUUCUGCUCGCGGGCCAAGUUUCACUAUUCAGAACCUCUUGAAGCCUGACGUAAGUGCACCUGGAUUAGAGAUUUUGGCUGCAUUUUCUCCCGUAGCUUCUCCUUCGGGUUUAAUGAACCCUGAGGACAAGAGAAGUGUGACCUAUAGUAUAAUGAGUGGCACAUCAAUGGCUUGUCCACAUGUAGCAGGUGUAGCGGCUUAUGUCAAGUCUUUACACCCCGACUGGUCUCCCACGGCAAUCAAAUCCGCUAUCAUGACAACAGCUACCCCCAUGAACCUUAAGAAAAACCCCGAGAAAGAACUUGCAUACGGGUCAGGCCAAAUAAAUCCGACCAAAGCAAGCAACCCGGGACUUGUGUAUGAAACAGAAACAGAAGAUUACCUCAAAAUGUUAUGUGCAGAGGGUUUUGACUCAAGGUCGCUCACGAAAAUAGCAGGACAGAACGUCACUUGUUCAGAAAGAACAGAAGUCAAAGAUCUGAAUUACCCAACAAUGACUACGUUUGUGUCUGCUCUUGAUCCAUUUAAUAUCACGUUUAGAAGAACCGUUACUAAUGUUGGAUUCCCAAACUCUACGUACAAGGCAAGUGUAAUUCCUCUUCCACAAGAGAUUCAGAUUAAUAUAAAACCAGAAAUACUGAGUUUCGAUUUCCUGAAGGAGAAGAAAUCGUUUGUUGUGACCAUCUCUGGUGAAAAACUGAAGGAUGGGAGUAUUGUAAGUUUGUCUUUGGUAUGGUCUGAUGGGAGUCACAGAGUCAGAAGUCCAAUUGUUGUCUACUCAAUCCAGCCUUAAAACACCUUUUGCUUUUUGCUACUUUU